CGGUGGCGCUAAGGUAGGGACUGUUUUGCUCGCGGCGAUCAUGUCCACCCCGGCGCGGCGCAGGCUGAUGCGCGACUUCAAGAGGUUGCAAGAAGACCCUCCUGUGGGUGUCAGUGGUGCACCUUCUGAGAACAAUAUCAUGCAGUGGAAUGCAGUUAUAUUUGGGCCAGAAGGGACACCUUUUGAAGAUGGUACCUUUAAGCUAGUCAUAGAGUUCUCAGAAGAAUAUCCAAAUAAGCCUCCAACUGUUAGGUUUCUAUCAAAAAUGUUCCAUCCAAAUGUCUAUGCAGAUGGCAGCAUAUGCUUAGACAUUCUGCAGAACCGCUGGAGCCCAACAUAUGACGUCUCCUCUAUUUUAACUUCAAUCCAGUCACUGCUUGAUGAACCUAACCCCAACAGCCCCGCAAACAGCCAGGCAGCACAGCUCUACCAGGAGAACAAACGGGAGUAUGAGAAGAGAGUGUCAGCCAUCGUGGAGCAGAGCUGGAAUGACUCCUAACAGCUGCUGUGCUCCUCGCCCUUGUGUCCAACCUCAGCCCCUAAAGCGGCUGCCCUGGACUUCAAGUGCCACAGGCCUAAGAAUCUGCAGAAACAAAACAGCCCUUGCAAACCAAAUCCAGCCCAGCCUAGGAAACUGCAGAGCUCGUGUAUCUUGGUUAACAUCAUUUUGAUUGCAUGGUAGGAAUUAAGUUAUUGCUCCAUGGGUUUGUAAUAUAUCCUGUCUGUAUUUGUGUUUCCCAGUGUAUGAUGUUGCUGUGGAGUUCUCCUGAUGGGACAGACACAUUUUGUAAAUCUGUACUUUUUUCAGAUAUCAAAUGCCUUAUUUUUGAAUUCUUUAGAUUUUUAAAUUGGAGAAAGAGCACUUAAAGUUUUUAUAUAUAAAUAUUUCAUGUACAACUGUUAAAUACAUAACCUUAACGCCAGACACCCUGCUCUCACUCACUCUUGUCCAAGGGCUCAUUCCCAGUCUGUUUUUCCUCUUGGUAACAUUACACCACGCACUUUACAAACAGCAAAGUUAAUCCAAGAUGUCAGUGUCUUCGCUGGAUGUCUGUGCUUCUCCACCAGAGCUUCACUGGAGCCUGUGUGUCCUCAGUUGUAUGAGGAAGGGGAGUAAUGGUAGCUGCCAGCUCACAAAUGGGGAAGUGAUGGAAGAGUUUUGCUUUAAACCCUGCUUCAGACCAGCAGCAGUGGCCAGGGGAUCUGGUUGAGGGCCAGGCAUGGUGAUCAUGUAUUGUAGUGACUUUUAUUCUUCAGGGAGAUUGUACUUUACCAAGCUGUAAAAUGCUGCCGUCUGAACCUGUCCUGUAUUCACUGGCUGAUGCUGUAAGAGAGCUCUGAGGAUCUCCUGCUCAUUAAAGAGGUGUCCCAUUAGUUUGCCUUGAGGGUAAGGGAAGGCAUUGAGCACCAAGAGAAGGAACCAUGCAGAGUGAAUGGAGUGACUCCAACACUUGGCUGUGGACCACAGGGUCAGGUCUCAUGUCUGUAGCGCAGAGGUUCCACGUCCUCAUAACCUGCCAGGUCUAAAGAAGUUUGGGGUUGUAAAUGUCAGUGUGGUCAUUUCGGUCAUUUCUUGCUGUGUUCUGUAAACCAGGCUUCAUGGCUACAGUAAAGAUCAAGCCCUUUUUUCUCUUUUUUCCUUCCAGCAGUACAAUUGUAAUCCCUGUGUCAUCAUUCCAACCAGGAUUACCUGCAAAUCCCACCCCAAAAUACA